AUGGAAAAAAACAAGUAUUUCUGUAUUUGUCACUUGCCCAUUUCCAAAAUAGCCGAUGAGGAAAAUAAUCCAACAGCAUAUGUAAAUGUAUUAUUAAAUGUUGCUAGCGUUGAUGCAGCCGGUAUAACUACAAGCAAUGCAGAGUCUACUGUUUCAGCUGAAAAGGAAACAGAAGAACUCCACUGCAAAGAAACACUGCAAUUGAGGCUCGAAAAUAAUUCACUAGCGAUGUAUUUUGACAACAUGAAGAAGGGCGGUUUGACAUCCAUCUCACAACUGGAAGAUAUCACUGAAGGAGAUGCUGAAGCAGAUCUUGGGAUGACUAAGUUCCAAGCAAGAUGCCUCUUAUGA